UCUCAGGGUGGUCACAUGAGCACUGCUGGAGUGUCCCAUGACCAUGCAAAAUUCCUUAAUUUUCUCACCUUCCCCUCAGACCCUCCAAAGACACAUGUGACCCACCACCCCAUCUCUGAACAUGAGGUCACCCUGAGGUGCUGGGCUCUGGGCUUCUACCCUGCGGACAUCACCCUGACCUGGCAGCGUGAAGGGGAGGACCUGACCCAGAACAUGGAGCUUGUGGAGACCAGGCCUGCAGGGGACGGAACCUUCCAGAAGUGGGCAGCUGUGGUCGUGCCCCCUGGAGAGGAGCAGAGAUACACAUGCCACGUCCAGCACCAGGGGCUGCCCGAGCCCCUGACCCUGAGAUGGGACCCCCCUCCUCAGACCACCAUCACCAUCAUGGUCAUCGCUGCUGCCCUGGGUCUCCUUGGAGCUGUGGUCACUGGAGCUGUGCUGUGGAGGAAGAAGUGCUCAGGUGGACAAGGAGUGGGGCUGAGUUUCCUGUUUCCCUGGGGGUCGAGCCCAGGUAGAAGUGUGCUCUGCCUCCUUAAUGGGCAUCGUAUCCCCACAUGGGUGCUUGUCCAUCUGGGGCCUAUUUCCUAAGAGACUCUUUAGUGAGGGCCAUGGGAA